AAGAAAAUGAGGGGCGGUUUAGUUUUUGAGAAAAAGGAUAGUUAGACGACUGCAGUAAGUUAAUAGAAAUAAUGUUUUUUUCACGUUGAAUUUUAUUAUAUCAAAUCAUAUCAGUUGAUGUGUCAUAUUUUAAGUGAUUGACCUAUGAAGUUACUUAAAAUAUGUCAUAUCAACUAGUGUGACUGAAUAUUAUUAAAUUCAAGAUGAAGUGUAACAUUAGUUGUAAGUUUAUAGUCGUAAUCUAAAUAUGAUUAUAGUUAGUAUCUUACCUAUUGUAUUCACUAAGGAAGGUAUUGAUGAAUUGAGAACACAUGAAUGCCAGCUCAAUUGCUCUGCAAGUACUGAAAAAUAAGAGUUGUUACCCAUUUCAUAACAGUCGCUACAGUUAAACAACUAACAGAGUUUUAGAGCCCUGUUAGGCUCUCUAUUAUCAUCAUCAUCUAUUUUCAUGUUUAUCUGUUACUAGAGUUAUCAAAUAAGCAUGUUGUGGCUAUAAAGACUUGUAAUCCAAGUACUAGUGAGUAGAGAUGAGACUUCUCUAGCAAUUGGUAGAUUCUUUUGUCACUCAUUUUUCACAGAUCCAGGUCAUAUGCAUUGUGAUAAUUGUAUUCCUGCUGCAUCAGGUUUACACAGAACCAACAGUUGCAAGGAUCUAAAUGCAUGGGCUCUAUCAAGUAGGGUCUAGUACUCGUAUUUAACUAAACUUUCUUUAAAAAAAAAAAAAAUACAUCAAAUUUUAUUAGAAGUGCAAUAUUUAUAUUACUUCACAUGUUGUGAAUGUGAGCUCUUUUAAAAGGGAAAAAAGGGUAUGAAGAACAAAAUGAAGCUUGCUUAGAUACCCAAAAAAAAAAACACAGUACUAUAGUUCACAUGUUGUACCUGCGCACCCUUCAAAAGGGAAUAAAAAGGACAGGAAAAAAGGGUAUGAAGAAUUUUCAACUGCCUAGUAGGAACAGCAUUCGAAUUGCAUUUGAACUAUUAUAUAUGAUGCUAUAAAGAUCAGGUAUUCCCCAUGAAUGUAAGCAACCGAGCUCAUUAAUUUUAUCUAAAAGGGAUAGUACUAAUCUCGAUAUAUAUUAAACCUGGAGGAGAAAAUAUAGAUUCAAAAAUUUACCAAGGAAGUUUCCAGGGAUUCAAAUCACUUGAUUUUUCUGUUCCAACCACCAGCAUUGGACCUUAAUCCAAUAAAUUAAGAUUCCUAGCUUGCAUGCAAAUAAGCAGCAACUCCUGUAUUUAUUAAAUUAAUAGAGAUGGAGGAAAACCCCUUCAUAUAAAGCCAACCAACAUGCAGCUUUUUCCUUCAAUCUUCACAUCCAAUUCCUCAUAUAAGAACUGCAUCUUCUCUCUUUUCUGAUUCUAACUCUACUUCCAAAAUGUCUCACCAGGGAAGAUGCACUGCUCUAGUAGUACUUGCCAUCACUCUCCUCAUGACUCUGAACUCACUUUCCUCUGUCUCUGCUCGACCAACUAUUCAUACUGUUGGCGAUGAUUCUGGCUGGACUUUCAACGUGGAAAGAUGGACCAGAGGGAAGAGGUUCCAGGCCGGAGAUAUACUUGCUUUCAACUAUGAUCCAUCAUUCCACAAUGUUGCAAUUGUUGGUGUCCACGGCUACACAAGUUGCACUACUGCUUCUUCGAAUUCUAGGACUUACACUAGUGGAAACGAUCGAAUGAUACUGUUGAGGGGAUGGAACUACUUCAUUUGUAGCAUUCCUGGCCAUUGCCAGGAGGGAAUGAGAAUAGCAGUUUAUGCUUCCUAAAAUACUAUAUAUAUAUAUAUGCAGCUUAAAAUUCUCUAAAAAAAAUAGGGAAGAACUGUCUGGAGUUCAUCUAAUUUAAACUCAUGUCUGCGGGGAAUUUGGAAUAAAGAAAAACAUUCAGUAUCUCUGUUGAUUGUAAUCAAUGGAAUGAAUGAGUUGAUGUUUGUUGA